AUCCCGCCCACUCACUGUCCUUUUCACUCAUAAGAGCUCCCCUUCUUCCUUCUAGCUCCUUCUGAGCUCCCAGAAAAUGUUUCUUUGAGCUUGAAGACCUAAAAAUCAGGAUUCCUUUCUGUUCUUCUCCUAGGCUUGUAAAUAUGGGGAAAGAAAAUCUAGUUCCUGCUAAUGUUAGGGGGCUUAGUGGUCGAAUCACACGUUCUCAAGCUGCUGCUUUGCGUGCAUCUGGACAGUUGCCACCACUAAGUUCAUCCAAUCAUUCAGAUCAGAAACGGGUUCUGAAAGCAAAUGCAAAAAGAGCAGCCCUGGACCAGAACAACUCUAGUGCUCCUGAUAAUGAAUGUCUUAAACAUAAGAAGAGAGCAGCACUUCAGGUUGUCACAAAUGUUUGCUGCAGCUGUCCACAAAGCAGCUUCUUUAAUGCAACCAAAAUCCAGCCUAAGAACACUAAGAAGGCUAAGAAGGGUCUUGCAAAUGUGUCCAAAGUGGCACCUUCUGUAGCUGCAGAAAUCCAGCAUCUGCAAACUGACAUACAAAAGGAAGGCGUUCAGGAGACUUUACAAGCAGUACCUAAAUUACAAGAAGUUGCAUGCCCAAAUGAUGUCAAAGAAGGUGCAUCAUUUUGGCCUAUUACAAUAUGUAACAGUGGGAUGGUUGACUUUUCCGGGAACUUGAUCACUUCAUGCGAUCCUGACUUUAUAGACAUUGAUUCAGAUAUGAAGGAUCCUCAAUUCUGCACCCUUUAUGCCCCAGCUAUAUAUGACAAUUUGCGAGUUGCUGAGCUUCUCCGCAGGCCAUUUCCUAAUUUUAUGGAGACAAUACAACAGGAUAUCUCUCAGAGCAUGCGUGGAAUCUUGGUUGAUUGGCUUGUGGAGGUCUCUGAGGAAUAUAAGUUAGAGCCUGAUACACUUUACCUCACGGUGUAUCUGAUCGAUUGGUUUCUCACUGAAAACUACAUAGAAAGGCAAAGACUUCAACUGCUUGGCAUCACCUGUAUUUUGAUUGCCUCCAAGUAUGAGGAAAUUUGUCCACCACGUGUAGAAGAGUUAUGCUUCAUCACAGACAGCACUUAUACCAGAGAGGAGGUACUAAAAAUGGAGACUCAAGUGCUGAGGUAUUUUGGUUUUCAAGUAUUUGCACCCACUGCGAAAACUUUUCUAAGGAGAUUUUUAAGAGCAGCACAAGCUUCUUACAAGAGUGCUAGUCUGGAGCUGGAGUUUUUGGCGAAUUAUCUUGCAGAACUGACACUAAUUGACUAUGAUUUCUUGAAUUUCCUUCCAUCCACAAUUGCUGCAUCAGCUCUAUUUCUUGCCAGAUGGACAUUGGAUCAAUCAUGCCACCCUUGGAACCCAACUCUGGAACACUACACAGCAUACAAGGCAUCUGAUCUGAAAACCACUGUUCAUGCAUUGCAAAAAUUACAAUUGAACGCUGAUGGCUGUCCACUUAAUGCUAUUCGCACGAAAUACAGGCAAGAGAAGUUAAAAUCUGUGGCUGCUUUGUCUUCCCCGGAACUGCUUGAAACACUUUUCUAGGACAAAUGGCUGCUCCAUCUUGUCUGCAAGGGCUACUGACAGAUAACAUACACUUCUUAGCUGGAGGUUUCCACAUAAUCUUUUCAUUACCUCUCGAGGUCGUGCCUAAUCUCUAAUAAUCAUCCUCUAACCUCUUUACUACUCUUCAUUUGAAAUGAAUUAUCAUUUUCUCCGUUCAUCUGUCCAUAAAUUUACUACUUGUCUCAGGUUUUGGUUCUUCCAAAACCUUAGCUUUGUAAGGUUGUAACUUAAGUCAGCUAGGAACGUUGGCUCCGUGUUCAAAAUUUCAAUUUGACUGUUGCAAUGAAUUCUAUGUUCAAAGUAGCAGUUCCUGCCAGUUGGGAAUUGAUUUGUGGGGUUGAAAUAAUGCUGAGGAGAAAUUUAACCAGUUAAUUGUAAGCUUAACAGUACUCGUUUCAUGCAUAUUG